AUGGGGAAUUUUGUACAAUAUCAAUGUAAGAUGUUUGAGUUUAGGAGAAUUUUGUGCAGACAUAUUCUUAUGGUGCAUAGAAGAAUGAAAGUGGAUCAAGUGCCUGAGAGAUAUGUCUUGGACCGUUGGCGCAAAGAUUUGAAACGAGGUUAUCAAAGCAUCACCAAUAUUUAUGAUUCUGAUGUGUCUGAAAGUCAAAGAAAAAGGUAUAACAGUCUAACUCCAAUGAUGCAUUUGUUCCAACAACUUGCAUCACAAUCUGAAGAUAAGACCUCAGUUGCGUCUAGACUUUUGGAAGACAUGAUUCAAAAGUUGAUGUUGGAUUUUGAUAAUGCAUAUACAAGUUCCACACCAGCAACUACUCCUCCAACCGAGAAAGUGAUUCACUCUCUGGUUAGAGUGAGGGCUCGAGGUAGGCCACCAACGAAACGAAAAUUAUCUGCCGUAGAAAAAGUAAUUAACAGGUCCAAACAUUCAACAAAGGACUUGGAAGGUAGGAGCAACAACAGUAGGAGCAACAACAGUAGGAGCAACAACAGUAGGAGCAGAAACUGA